AUGCCCGAUCAACAAUUGCUCUGGGAUGUCUUCCAAAGAGUGGACAAAAACAGAAGCGGACACAUUUCUGCAGAUGAGCUCCAGGAAGCUCUCUCCAAUGGCACCUGGUCCGCAUUUAAUCCUGAAACAGUCAGACUUAUGAUUGGUAUGUUUGACCGGGAAAACAGAGGAACCGUCUCAUUCCAAGACUUUGGAGCUUUGUGGAAAUAUGUGACUGAUUGGCAAAAUUGUUUUCGCUCAUUUGACCGCGAUAAUUCCGGAAAUAUAGACAAACAGGAACUAAAAACAGCUUUAACCUCUUUUGGAUAUGGUCUGUCAGACAAUCUUGUUGGAAAUCUUCUCAGAAAAUUUGAUCGGUUCGGUCACGGAACCAUUCUAUUUGAUGAUUUUAUACAAUGCUGUAUUGUUCUUUAUACCUUGACAGCUGCAUUCAGACAGCAUAACACGGAUAUGGAUGGAGUCAUAACUAUUCACUACGAACAAUUUCUAAGCAUGGUUUUCUCUUUAAAAAUUUAA